AUGACGACCACUCCACCUUCCAGACAUCCUAGCAUGACUAGCACUGGCAUUCACACCCCACCAAACACAGACAUGGACGUCACCAGCCUUCAAAACCACAUCACAGCCCUCCAAGCGGACAAAGCCGAACUCGAAGCUAGACUUCGAGAAGAAACCUUUCGGUAUAACGCCCUCAAAGACGCUGUGAAUCAGCUCCGCCCAAGAUUUGAACAAAUGUCCAAUGAUCGUUUUGAGCAUACUUCACUCCCGGAAGGCUCUAUGAGCAGCUCGUUGGAGCACAGGGGUGAAGAGCGCCAUGCCCUGGGAACGGCGAUUGAAACGAUGGAGAAGCUUUUGGAUGAAAAGAAUAUGAAAAUUGAGAAGUUGGAGAUUGAGAACAAAGUCUUGCGGGAGGCGAAUGAAGGUCGUGACACGGGCCGGAACUGA